AUGUAUGAUAUUCGAUCUUUCUACGAGGAUGAACACAUAUCUGCCUGGUUGUCAGAAACCCCAACAACAACUGGGGAAACCGAAGUUAUACUCAAAAAUAAACUUUGUCUUUUGAAUGAAAGAGAAUUCUGCAACGUAUUACUUUCGACCAAAAGAGUAGCUGAUAUAAUAAAAAAUGCGAUAAAGGUAAAACGUGUUGCUCUUGUUACUACUUCGAAUGAAAUUAUCAAACUCGUACCUUUGCACGGUCUCUCUAAUGAAUGGAAAAGUCUUGUGAAUACAAAAGAAGAAUUCAACGAAAAAUUUCCUGGUUAUAUAUCCUCUCGAAACGGCCCAAGGAGCACCAAUAAAACCCUUGAUCAGAUGCGAGAUCAAUUGACUCAAGGAUGCCAUCCCUCAAUGGAUUAUACCUUCAUUGGAAAUAAAGGAAAGGAUAGUUUAUUCGGAAAAAUAGUAAGGGGUGAGUAUGAACAGUGGCGAAUAUGGGAAGACAAGUGCCAUGUAGCAUUCCUUACGCCUUUUGGUAAUGCACCAGGAUUCACUGUUGUAGUGCCCCGUUGUUGGAAACCUAGUGACAUAUUCAGUUUACAAGACAAUGACUACGUUGCACUAUCAGCUGCGGUAUUUCUCGUUUCGAACGAAAUCAAACAUUCACUCAACAUAAGAAGAGUUGGAAUUAUCUUUGAAGGAAUGGAGGUGGAUUAUGCGCAUGCGAAACUCAUUCCAAUUCUUGAAGAUGAUAAUAAUAAAAUUGAACCUGAAGAACAAGAUUUCUCAAAUACUUACGAUGGAACAGUUUCUUCAAAAGUGGGACCAAGAGUAGCCUUAAAAUCUUUGCAAGAUACAAGGGAGGCAAUUGAUGUUAGUUUGCGAGACAGAAAAUCUUCCUAA